AGUGCGUGGCGUGGGUAGCGAGUAAGUCGGGGUGAUGGGUGGUGCAGCAGCAAAACAAAAUCUGAAAUGGCAUAAUAGAGAACAUCAUCAACAACAACAACGAGAACCAACUCAUGUCCUCUGACCGGGGAACUUUCUGGAUCUCUCUAAUAAACCUUCGGAUCUUUUUCUAAGCGGUGCGUUUUGUCCACUUGCUAAAUCACCACACCUAAUUACUCAUCACUAAUUAACUCUUAUUAUAGUAAGGAGAAUAAUGUCUUCUUCUUUGUCGUUGUCCAAUUCCCCCUGCGCCGCGUGCAAGAUUCAGCGCCGGAAGUGCACGCAGGAGUGCGUCUUCGCGCCGUAUUUUCCGCCGGACAACCCGCAGCGCUUUGCCUACGUGCACAAGGUCUUCGGUGCCAGCAACGUCGCAAAGCUUCUCAACGAACUCAACACGGCGCAGCGCGAGGACGCGGUUAAGUCCCUCGCCUACGAGGCCGAGGCGCGUCUGCGGGACCCCGUCUACGAGGCGGUGGAGAGUGGACACCAUUGGGUGGCGUUGGAGUAGGAAAAGGUGUCACUGGAGAAGGCGGAGUGUAUGAUGGAGGCGGCAAUUGCGAAGGUGGAGGAGAAGGAGUUACUGGUGAUGGAGGCGAAGGAGUUACUGGUGAAGGUGUUCCAGGUGAUGGAGGCGAAGGUGUCCCAGGAGAUGGUGGUGUUGUGGGGGAAAGAGGUGAAGGAACAAAUGGCUUGCAGUUAAAGGAGUUACAGUCCACAGGCUCAGAACCACGUAUCACCCUCUCUCUGCCACAUAUUACCCACACAAAGCCACGUAAUGAUGUUCAGUCCACCCUGUCAGCUGCUCCGUUAAAAACUUCAGGCUGUUUGCAAAAAGGACUUGAUUGCACACUUUUUACAAAAGAUGAGAUCACAUUGAACUUAAAAAAAAAGGUGAGACCACAUUGAACAUUGGCCCCCUUUCUAGGGACCAAAAGAGGUAUUAAACCAAGAAAAAAAAAGGAAGAAAAGUUAAUGCAGCAGAAGAUGAGGACCACAAAAUCAUGACAACACAGGUUGUAGUAGAAAUAAUCAAAGGUUUGGGAGGACCACAUUAGAGUGAGCAAAAUUUAAGUAAUUGGCUUAAUUUUGGAAGUGUACCUUAACUUAGCAAUUAUAUCACAUC